AUGAUGGGCAAAGGCGCUACCGUAGCACUCCUUGUCAGUCUCGCGGCUGUAGGGUCCAAUUUCGGGCAUGCCGCGGAGGUGCCAGCAACCAAGGAUGUUCCAGUUCAUGAGAACUAUACACCAAAUCCCGAACGAAGACAGUUUGUUGUUCCUGUUGCGCAGCAACUCUUCCAUGAGCCUGUUGUAGGGUUGCAUAGCUGCGAAAAGUUAGAAAAUGGCUACGACUCCUGUUCGGCGGGUAUGAACUCCUGCGAGUGUGGACUUCGCAGUUGGGAGAGGGCGGGAUGCGAACGGGCCAAGCUAUGCACAAAUAGUACCAGCAGUACCAUAAAAGAGUGCUGUGAAGGUAGAGACACUAUUCCGUUCGAGGCCGGUCCUUACUACGAGGGGUACAUGGCCAAGUGUGCGCCUAAUUAUAGGCUCACAAAGGCUGAUAACCCUGUUCAUAAAUACAUGAGCUGCGCCGAGCUCGAGGGGUGGAAACCGAACAGAGCAGAUGCCAGGCUCCAUGGCCUUCGUGCAUUGGAGAAGCUGAGAACGCAGUGCAAUGACACGGCCACCAGAGCAGAAUGCUGCAACUCGUAUCAGCCAAGCCUUCAGGAUCGGCCCGGGUAUAACCGCUAUAUGAUGAUGUGCCUAGACGGCGUGAAAGAAGAGAAUCCUGUACAAAAAGUGCUAGGCAAAUCAGGCGGGUUAUGUUUCGUCAAUAAAACACAUUACUACGCAGAUACCGGAAAGUACUGGUCAAACGAUGCUCAGGGUUGGUAUGCUGACCCUAGUGUACCUCGACCGGAUACCGCGGGCUAUGGACCUUGCCCGCAAAAGAGGAGUUAG